CAGUCGCUGCUGCUGCCGCUGCUCUUCCUCUCUUGGUGCACUCCGACGACUAUGAUACGGGGGAGGAGGCUUGGACAGGCGUGGAAAGCCCAGCAGUGCCAGCGAUCUUUGAGUGGCAGCAGCAAUUCGACAGGAACGACAACGGCAGCGGGGGGAGUUCCGCCGCCUGCUGCUUCGGCUGCGACAUCAUGCAGCAGCAGCAGCAGCAGCAGCAGCAGUAGCAGCAGCAGCUUUGCAGGGGAGGCCACAGUGGACAAGGGUGCGGCGAAAGCGGCAGCAGCGGCGGCACCCGUCGUCGUUUCACCAAGGAGUUCAUGGAGGCCCAGCGAGGCUCACAAGACCUCGGCCACUCGGCGCGCGCGCAGCGAGGCCCAACAAGCCAACGUCAAGGCAGGUGCAGCAGUAGCCCCUCGAGCACCCGCGGCAGCGGCAGCGGCCGCCGCCGGCACGACAAGCAAGUCCAAGUCCCCCGGGCUUCGCCGUCGGGGGUUGCUAGACGGGGCCGAUGACGUGCCAUGGAAAUCUUUUCCAUCGCUGGUGUCUAGCGCAAGUGAGUCGUCGGUCAGGACAGCGAAUGCCGGCGCAGCCGCAGCGCGCGAGACUCCCGCUCUCUCCGUCGUGUCGCGGUCGGCUACGAGCAGGUUCAGAGCCAGGAGAGAGCUCGAGAGGCUGGCCGCGAGCGGGAAUGAGGAUGCAGUAGAGGCCUUGCGCGCCUUAGACUCGCCGACGACGUCUUCCCAGCCUGUUGGU